UGCAAUACGACAGACCACACCAUAUUCUCUGGCAUUUACAGUAUUGAAAGUGUCUAUCGACAGUCACCUGAUAAUGGAAUCGCCAACUGCUGCUGGUUGUGCAAAAUGGGACAAAGUCAAAGGUGAUAUCUUUAUGUGUAUUGCUAGGUCCUCGAAAACAGCGGAGCCGGCUGCAGCAUCCUAUCAUGAUCUAGAAAAAGAUCACUCGUUUUCCAAACAUAUAUAUGCUGGGGGGUUACAAGCUUGUGUCAUUGUCCGCUAUCAGAAAAGCCCUGUCGGCCCAUACGACGAGCUUCUAUGGAUACCUGGGGCUUUUAGACUUCCAGAAACUGGGAAAACGGCAUACCGAGCUACACGAAUCUAUGUUUCGGAUGAGAACGCUGUGUAUCAAGGCCGUAGCAACUGGAAUGUACCCAAAACGCUCGCGAGGUUCGAAUUUACCGAAUCCGAAAGCAAUCAUCUUCCUUACAGCAAGAUAAAAAUAUCAACCCACAAAGAAGGCGAGCUUUUUCUGGAACUAAAAUUGAUACCAGUAUUUUUCAACUCGCGAACAAUACUUCCUAUUAACUCCAAAUUUUUCCCAUUUAACCUAAGAUUUGUAUUCCCCCCGCUUCCGGAAAGCAGAGAUAAGCAAGAAGACAAGCGGGUGGGAACAACAGAAUGGAAGCAAGUUUUUUUGAGUGUUACGGGAAGGGUCGGAGUCGUCAAAACAUCCAUUUCACAGACAUCUGGAAAUCUUUUCCCUGAUUUGGGCGGAAAAUGCCACUGGCUAUGGCUGAAGGGUGCGGAAAUUCGAAUUGAGGGGUUCCCCUAUCACACGGCCACUCCUAGUGCUCCACAUAAGCAAAAGCAUUAGAAUAUUGAGGUUGACGAUUAAUGCAAAUCAUUUAAUGCCAAACUAAGCAGCUUUAAUUCAAGCCUUGCAAUACAUCUAGAGCAUUUCUAAGAAUGUAUACAACACACGUACAGAGUGUUCAGAAAACCGGACUACCUACUCUAUAUUUUCUCGAGCUUACAAU